AUGGCAGAUCAAUUGAAUGCAUCUUUCAUUAAAUAGUCUGAGGAUAUUAUUUAAUAAAAGAAAGAGGAAAUACUUUAGUUCUUUGAACAGAAAGGCUACAAAGCUGAUUCUGCAUUUGAUGAUUAACUUUGGUUUUUUCCAGAAAUCAAUUAAGACUAAGAACAUAUCCUAUGGAAGGUGAUAAGCGAUACAAUUGGACAAGAUUAAGUUUAUGAUGAGAAUGUAGGGUUUUUCAUUUAAUUAGUUUGCAUCAGAAGCAACUAUUGAUACUUUUGUAUAGAAACUAUUGGAUUAAGCAAAAAUGAUACAUUUGAAAAUACUUGAUUUCCAAAAAAACAUUGAUUAUUUCAAAGAUGAACUUACCAAUUUUGAUAAGUUUUCAAAAGUCAUUGAAGCAAGUAUUACAAAAUAAAUAAAUUAUCUUAGAUAAACCAGAAUAUAAUCAAGAAAAUGCCUUAGUCAUCUCUUUUGUAGAUCAAGUCAAUUAGAUAAGUGAAAUGUAAAAAGUAUUAAUAACCAAAAUCUAUUUCUUAGUUUUAUAAACUGAAGUACAAAGUUGGAACAAUUCACUAAAAUUAUCAACCACUGUAUCCAGAGAAUUCAAAUCGAUCUACAUGCAUUUCCUUAGAUAAUACUAUAGAUUCUAUAACACUAGUUGUGAUGGGAAAAAGAUUAGAUAAAAAUUUAGGAGAUGCAAGAACUUUGGGAGAAGAUUUUAAAGAAUUAGCAUAAAUCAAAAUACCUAUUCUUGAUAUCUAUUAAUAAAUUAGACCAAGACAUUUUGCUCUUCCUACUAUACCUUAAUGUUACUUGAUUGUAAAUUACUAGGAUUAAAGUUUGGAUGCUCCUUAUAUAGAUAAUGUCACAGUAAAUCUAAGAUUUGAUGUAAGACUCUCAUAUGAAGAUAGAAUUAAUAUUAUCAAAUAAUAAAAAGAAUUUAAGAGUGGAUUGAUUGAAGUAAUUUAUUAAUCUUAAUAAUCAAUAGAAAUUCUAAGAAAAACUCAAAUAAAGAUUAGCUUAGAUGGAGUAAUUACUAUGUCCAUUUAAAAUGAAUCCUAAAUUAUAAUAUGUAACUGCUAAGGGAAUAGGAUAAAAAUAAGAUUUCAAGGAUGAACCUAUUAAACCUAAAAAUGAUAGAAACAAAGAAGACAUUAAGCCACCAAAGGAAAGAGAAACAUGUUGCAUAAUAUAAUGAAUAAAAAAUAUGAUAUCUUCAUCAAAAUAACAAAAAUUUACCUUAAAUUCAAUUAAAAAAUAGAGCAAAUCCUACAUUACAAUUAUUUAUAGUCAAAAUUAAAUUCAUCUCAGAAACAUUAUUAAUAAUAAACUAGUAAAUCUUCAUCAGCUUAAGGUGCAUGCCAACCUUCUAAAUUUUAUGACCAUGGAUUCACUUCUAUUUUUUUUGGUUAUUAUACAUUCCCUUAACUGACUCUUCUCUAACUAAAUUAAUAAGAUUGUAAUUUUUUUAUUAUUUAAGGAGAAUUAGGCUCACUUCUUAAUUUUAUAGAUGAUUAACAUUAUGGUAUCUUUUAAAUAUCAUCUAUUCUAUCUUCUAUUGUUAAAGUUUAUUUUUCUUUUAAUUUNGAUAAACCAGAAUAUAAUCAAGAAAAUGCCUUAGUCAUCUCUUUUGUAGAUCAAGUCAAUUAGAUAAGUGAAAUGUAAAAAGUAUUAAUAACCAAAAUCUAUUUCUUAGUUUUAUAAACUGAAGUACAAAGUUGGAACAAUUCACUAAAAUUAUCAACCACUGUAUCCAGAGAAUUCAAAUCGAUCUACAUGCAUUUCCUUAGAUAAUACUAUAGAUUCUAUAACACUAGUUGUGAUGGGAAAAAGAUUAGAUAAAAAUUUAGGAGAUGCAAGAACUUUGGGAGAAGAUUUUAAAGAAUUAGCAUAAAUCAAAAUACCUAUUCUUGAUAUCUAUUAAUAAAUUAGACCAAGACAUUUUGCUCUUCCUACUAUACCUUAAUGUUACUUGAUUGUAAAUUACUAGGAUUAAAGUUUGGAUGCUCCUUAUAUAGAUAAUGUCACAGUAAAUCUAAGAUUUGAUGUAAGACUCUCAUAUGAAGAUAGAAUUAAUAUUAUCAAAUAAUAAAAAGAAUUUAAGAGUGGAUUGAUUGAAGUAAUUUAUUAAUCUUAAUAAUCAAUAGAAAUUCUAAGAAAAACUCAAAUAAAGAUUAGCUUAGAUGGAGUAAUUACUAUGUCCAUUUAAAAUGAAUCCUAAAUUAUAAUAUGUAACUGCUAAGGGAAUAGGAUAAAAAUAAGAUUUCAAGGAUGAACCUAUUAAACCUAAAAAUGAUAGAAACAAAGAAGACAUUAAGCCACCAAAGGAAAGAGAAACAUGUUGCAUAAUAUAAUGA